AUGCUAUCCAACUUUCUCCACGGUAACAGUAACGGGACAGUCACACCGCACUCCAUGCAUCAAUCUCCCGACGCAUCAGACUCCGAGAUGGCCGCCGACAAAGCCACAACAUCCGCACCAAAACAGAGCAACCCGCCACCCCGCCGCAAGAGAAUCGUCGUUGCAAUGACCGGCGCAACUGGCGCUCUAAUGGGCAUAAAGAUUCUCAUUGCGCUGCGCCGCCUGAACAUCGAAACCCAUCUCAUUAUUAGUAAAUGGGCCGAAGCAACAAUCAAGUACGAAACGGACUACCACCCAUCAAACGUCAAAGCACUAGCCGAUCACACGUACAACAUCAACGACAUGGCGGCGCCUGUAUCAAGCGGGUCUUUCAAGACCGACGGGAUGAUCAUUGUUCCUUGCAGUAUGAAGACGUUGGCUGCUAUUCAUUCGGGGUUCUGCGACGACCUUAUUUCGCGUACGGCAGAUGUUAUGCUCAAGGAAAGACGGAAGUUGGUUCUUGUGGCGAGGGAGACACCUUUGAGUGAAAUCCAUCUACGGAACAUGCUGGAGGUUACGAGGGCCGGUGCUAUCAUCUUUCCGCCUGUGCCGGCGUACUAUAUUCGGCCGAGCUCUGUUGAGGACCUCGUGGAUCAGAGUGUCGGGAGAGUCUUGGACCUCUUUGAUCUUGAGACGGGGGAUUUUGAGAGGUGGGAGGGGUGGAAGAAGGAAUAG